AUGAAUGGAAACACUCGGCAAGCGUCUUUAAUGGUCAAAGAGGGAGAUAUUUUGAAUAUCACCUGUCAGAGUGACCUUCAUUCACUUACAUUAGAGUAUGACUUUGUUGUCCACCGACAAACUCACAAUGACAAUGGAACUUAUACAGUCAAAUUCUCCAAAACAGCAGAUAAGGAUGACGAAUACAAAUUGGUGAUAUGUAAAGCAACCAACGCUACAGGCCAGCAGAUGGAAGACUCUGCUUAUGUCCGAGUUUCCGAUGGACCAAAUGUUGGAAACUUGAACUUUGGGGGCUCGGAUGUAGCGCUACAAGAAGGUAGAAGUGGAACGUGGUCCUGCUCAGUUUAUCGUACCAACCCUGCUUCGACCCUUAUUUGGCAAAAUGACACCCACACUUUUAUGCCAUCCUCUCCUGCUGUUGUUAAAAAAGUAUCGUUUUCUUAUCAAACACGACAAGAGUGGUCCUUCACAUACCACAGAGAUCUUUCAUUUACUAACAUCACUUGCACCGCUGUGGGCUACAAAAACCAAACCGUGUCAAAGACAAGGCAAUUUGGAGAUAUAUAUUAUGCCCCAGAGUUGGUUAUACGAGGAAUAACAGUUCUAGAGGAAGGGGAGACUCUAAACUUGACGUGCCAGGUGGUGGCAGCUAAUCCAAUGGCAAACGCAACAUGGACCGGAACGGACGGUCCAUAUUUUUCCCUCGCUUCAAACGUUUUGGGAAGAGAAGGAACCAGUGUAUCAAUUGUGGCGACUGUGUCGGCGAAUCCAGCUCCCACAAGACUGAACUGGAAAAAGGCUGGAAACGAUACCGUAUUGUCUACUAACAGAAUACUUCUAAUUGAAAAUGCUACAAAAGAGGAUGCUGGGGAUUAUAUAUUGGAAGCAACUAGGGUCAGGCAACGAGCAAACAACAUCACGGAAGACAUCACGAAGAAUGUAUCUGUACAUCUAGAAAUCAGAUAUGGACCAGCUUCUGCACGCAUUUCUCCCAACAUAACGAUGUUAGAGCUUGACAUUGGAUCAUCUGUUCCCCACAUCGUAUUUACUGCAGACUGUAUUCCAACUUGUGAUUUUAAAUGGACACAACACUAUAGAAACACACAGAGACAUAGAUCCGUAACUGCGAACCUGGACCUUGGCAAGGCUACUACAGAAGUCAUUGGUGACCACACAUGUGAAGCUUACAACUACAUAGGAGGACAGAACUACUCGGCCACAGUCACCUUUCAGUUACGAGUACAAUGUAAGAACUAUAAAUUUAGACAUUCUUCCCUUUACAACAAAUGCGUUGAAAUAGAAAAUGAGGCAUUGACUAUUUACGAAUGA